AUGGAAGGAUCAUCACUAAUAUUGACAGACAAUAUUUCACGAACAUGUAGAAUAUGUUUCGAUACUAAUAAUCCAAAAGAUUUUAUUAGUCCGUGUUUAUGUGAUGGUGGAUCAGCAUAUAUUCAUAGAAAAUGUUUAGAUGAAUGGCGAGCAGUGAAUAAAAUGGGUAGAGCUUUUAAAUAUUGUGAAGUUUGUCAGUUUGAAUAUGUCAUUGAACCGAUAAUCGAUGAUCCAGUCGCUGAUAAAAGACGAUUAUUAAUAUUUCGUUUAUUAGUUACACGUGAUGUAACAUUGAUUCUUUUAUUAUUUCAAGCUAUCAUCAUUGGACUAACAUUUUUAUUACAAUGGGCGGAUAAAAAAAAUCAUGUUAUAAAAGAUAUUUAUCCAACUUCGAUGAGCUCAUUCGGGAUUUAUUAUUUGAGUAGUUUAAUAAUUUUUUUUGCUAUCUUAGGUUUAUUUGGUUUAAUUGGUCUUUGUUGUGGAUGGGUAGCGCGUAAUGAUCCAUGUUAUUGUGGUUGCUAUCAAUGUUAUUUUUUUGGUGCGGGUUGUCAUAAUUGUAAUGGAAACAGUAAUUGUAAUGACAGUGGUAGUGGUGGUGGAUCAAUAAUUUUAAUUAUUAUAAUAAUAUUAGCAGUUAUUGGAUUAGCUAUUGGAAUUAUCCUAGGUGGAAUUCUAUUAAGUAAAAUAAUAAAACGUCAUACAAAUAAAUUAUGGUUAAGACAAGAAACUAAAAAAUAUGUUGUCAAAGAUUUUCAAGGAAAAAGACAUGAAUUAAAGAAUAUAUCAACUCGACAAUCUAGUACAGGAUUAUCAAUACGAAAUCCAAUGGCCGAUAAUAAUACGAACAUAACACCAUCAGCGCCAGUUAAAGAAGCUGAAACACGUUUCUAA